AUGCAAAAUCAGGAUAAAUCAUUUAGUUCGAAUCUGAGUCAGCCUCUCCUUCAGAAGGUUUAUGUCCAGACGAGUAAUGCACAAAGUUCUUCGUUGAAUCCCUACAACUUAAUCAGGUACCAGGGCCCAAAUGCAUUGCAUUUAGUGGGAGGCACACCAUCUAGCAACCUUCACCUUCAGCCAAUGUCAUCUCUGAUAACAACAUCUGCAUCCAUUUAUCAACCCAACCAGAUGUCAACAUGGAACUCCUCAUCUCAAAAUAACAACUCAUCUUCCACAAUUGAUCAGCCAGCCAUCUUGCAUCAACCACAGCCACAGCAGCCACCUCAGCAGCAACAACCGCAACAACAGCAACAACACAUAAACACUCAACUGCAGCAGAAGUUGAAAGUAGAAGAUGCACUGACCUACUUGGACCAGGUCAAGUUGAAGUUUGGUCACCGGCCUCAGGUCUACAAUGAUUUCCUUGACAUUAUGAAGGACUUCAAAUCUCAAAACAUAGAUACGCCAGGAGUGAUCAGUCGAGUGUCCAUCCUAUUCCAGGGCCACAACGAGUUGAUCGUGGGCUUCAACACCUUUCUUCCUCAAGGAUACAGUAUUGAGGUGCAGAACAAUGAAACUAUCAACGUCCACCAACCAGGUCAGCAGGUCGUCUCACUCAGCUCGUUAGGCAACUAUACCACAACUGCUGCCACCAACAACAUAAUUGGUACUGCUGGAGCUGCUGCUAACACCGGAACUGUACUCCCUGGAAAUGAUCGUGUAAGUUCGGCGGGGAACAAUGGUGGUGCUGGCAUUCGUGGUGGAAGUGUGGGAAGUACCAACAAUCACGUUGGUGGGGCUUUAGUUGGCGGAGGACAUGCAGCUACUGUUCCUGUUACUGCUGGUGGGAGUAAAGGUGCAAAGACUGGCGUCGGAGAUGUGUCAAAACAGCAGCAAUUGAUGAACAACAAUAACAACAGUAGUAGUAGCAGCACCAAUUUUGAGAACAUGAGCCAGGCAUCCAUUAACUCGUUCAGCACUAGUAACAACGUCACCAACAACGCCACCACCAACAGUAAUAACGUCCCUAGCAACAGUCAAGGCCAACCAGUUGAAUUUAACCACGCCAUUAAUUAUGUGAAUAAGAUCAAGGUGACAGUUGUUUACCAAGGCAGGCCGGAGAUAUACAAAAAGUUUCUGGACAUCCUUCACAAUUAUCAAGAGGAGCAGAAGUAUUCAAAAGAACAGGUAUAUCGCCAACCGAGCAACCGAUCACCAGUGUCAGAAGCUGAAGUUUACGAGCAGACGCUUAAAUCCGGCCCUAAAUCUCAAAAAGCAAAAAAAGUCGGAUUUGGGCCGGGGCCGGGGCCGAACUCCGGUGCAUCCCUAGUAGUGUCAAAGUUGUUUCAUGAUCAGCCAGAGUUGCUACGUGAAUUUAGGCAGUUUCUACCCGAUGCCAAUGGGGGCAAUGACCUCAUGAGAGGAGUGGGUCUUACACGUCACCAAAGUGUGAAACAGGAAAUGAACCCACAACAGCAGCAGCAUUCGAUGAAGAACAACAUUCACAGUCCAGGCAGGGGCAAGAUGUCCUGGUCAUCUUCGUCGUCACCCUCCUCAUUCAUGCCUGCCACUAAGAAGCAGAAGCUGAAUCAGAGAAACGUUUGCAACAACAUCAGCAACAAUUCACUGGCAAACAAUAACAGUGAGAGCAUCAACAAUUCAGAUUAUAAUUUCUUUGAUCCGGAACUCAUCAAAUAUUUGAACAAGCAGUCAAUAAAGGAACCCUUGUACAGAGAGGUUCUCAGGUACAUCAAUCUACUGAUGAAGAAGGCCAUCAACUUUGCUGAAUUUAACAAAUCUGUCGAUCCUUUGGUGGAUAAACUGCCUGGUCUGAAAUCAUACUUUGAAAAUUACAAGUCUUAUUUUGACGGCAACGGUGAUAACAAAAGCAGCAUCACCAAGAGCAACAAAAUGCAUCAGACGUCAUCUCUCCAUCACCAACAGCAGCAUCACCACCAGUUACAACAUCAUCAUCAUCAUCAUCCACCAUCUUCAUCGUCUUCGUCGUCAUUGUUGGUCGUCGACUUUGACUCAAAUAAGUUGAUGUCUGGAGGAAGCAUGAGUGUUGCAGACCGGAGAAGCUGUGCACUUGAAGGAGGUGGUGGCAGUAGUAAGGAGAAAAUAGUGAAGUUUGACAAGCAUGCACACAUUGAUUUGUCAACAUGCAAGCAGUAUGGCAAGCAUUACAGAGAACUUCCAAAGAAUUACAUACAGGAAACAUGCAGUGGACAAACUGAACUGGAGGAAGAGGUUUUAAACAGCACCUAUGUAUUGUUUCCUGUCUCCGGCGGGGAUGAGGAAAAUGAUCGUGCAAGUAAUGAUGACGACGACGAUGAUGUUUCCUGCAGAAGAAACCCAUUAGAAGAUCACGUCUUCCAGUGUGAAGAUGAGAGAUAUGAGCUGGACAUGGUGAUGAACUUGAACAUGAGCGUCCUGCUGGGUUUAGAGUCACUGGCGCGUCGCAUGAGGAGCAUGACCUCGGAUGACCUUGGAAGGUUCCAGAUCAAUGACCUCUCUGCAGCCAUUGGAAUAUCUGAACUCAAUAUCGAAAUUGCUCUCAAAAGGGUUUAUGGUGACAAGGGGUUGACGUUGAUUGAGGGCCUGAGGAAAUCUCCCCUCGUCACUGUUCCGAUCAUCAUCAAGAGUCUCAGGAGCAAGGAUGUCGAGUGGAAGGAAUCCAAGAAGAGUUUUGAGAGAUUCUGGAGUGAGCAGAUGGACAAGUUCUACUUGAAAUCUCUGGACUUUGAAGGGCAGAGGUUCAAACAGGUGGAUUCCAAGUACAUCAGGUCCAAGAGUUUGGUCAAGGAACUUGAAAACAUCAUUAAAACUUCCCAGGCCACUAAAACUGCUUCUUCUAAUACUGCUAUUACUACUAAUAAUAGUAAUAAUAAUAAUGUGUUAAGUAGCAAAAAGAAAUAUGAUAAUGAAGAUGAUGGCGAGUUUGAAGUCACACCUGCCAAGAAGAGAAAACUAUCAUCCACUAAAAGCAAUGACAACAACAGCAAUAAAGCAAACGUGAAAAACCAAGAAAAGAAUCAGCCUAAUGAAAGCAACAAAAUCUGCAACAAAAGCAACACAUCUCACGCUAGCACCAGUGCAAACAACAAUACAAGCAAUGACAGGGGCUACAGCCACUUCACUGAUGAUUACAUGAACCUCUCCUUACAAGAUUACAAUGUUUACCAUGAUGCUGUCUCACUAAUCAUUAGCAACAUCACUCGACAGUCAGGCAUUCAAUCAGAGGAGAGAGAUAAAAUGAAGCGCAUCUUAUCCAAUUUCCUGCCCGCCGUUUUAAUUGCUGACUUUCAGUACGUUUUUAUGACGUCAUCAUCGUCUUUUAGCGAUGCGCAGAAUGUGGAGGGUGAUGUAAAAGUAAAGAAGGAAUAUGAAGAGGAUGGCAGUGUUGAAUUUAUUCAAAGGAUUGAUGCAGCUAGUCUUGAUUUUAAGAAGGAGCCACCUUAUGAUGAAGUAACAAGCAACAAGACCAACAAUUUAGGUAGUGUCAAAUCAGUGGCGUUUAAGGCAAAAAGUAAAGCACAACAGACAGCCGCAUCGACACCUCUGCAGCAUCCACCAUCAUCGCCAGCAUUGCAACUGAAUUCAUCAUCAUCAUCAUCAUCCUGCUCGUCAUCACAGACCACGAUAUUUUACUGCAACGAGAACUGGUACGUGCUGCUGAGGUUAAUGUUGCUGAUUUGUGAGAGGUUGUUGAUAUUGAAGAAGAGGUCUGAGGAACUUUCGAUGGAGGAGGAAAAGAACAAACUUCUACGUGAUGUCAUGACUCUCAGAGCCGUACAGGCCAAAUGCCCCGAAUCGUUGGAUCCAAGUUCCUUCUACUCGACUGCUCUUGACAUGGUGAAGAAUUUAAUGAGUGGCAGUUUGGAUGUCGGCUCGUACGAGGAUCAGUUGAGGGAGAUGUUUGGAGUCAACUGCUACCAUGUUUUCACUCUCGAUAAAGUCGUACAGAAUGCCGUCAGACAGUUACAACACGCGUCUAACAAGGAUGAGAGCCAAUUAUUGCUGGAGGCUUACGAAAGUUACCUGCAACGGCAUGUUGAUGUCGAUGAAUACAGAACCAAGUGCCAGAGUCUGCUCUCUGAGAAGACUUGCUACCAAUUUGUAAUUGUCAAGGGAGAAUCAUCUGCUGAUGUGAAGAUCAGCAUACUUCCAGAGGCACAGACUGUCAGUGAUCUGGAGACCUCGUUGGAGCAUCACCAUCAACAACAACCACAGCUAAAUGAAGGCCAGGAUGGAAACCUACCUAAGCAAUCAACAACUUCGUCGUUACCGUUACAAAGAGAUGGGCUGACUUGGAAUUCGGUGUCUAACAAUCCAGUGGAUGAAACUGAUGCCAUGGAUGUUGGUGACUAUGGAAGGAAUGAUACAGUAGCAUCCGACGAUAGAGGAUCCAGUGAUCAAGUGCACUAUGAAUUGCAUUUGCGACGUAGCCACGUUUUCAAGUUUCCUGAUUUCCUGAGAAAAUUCCGGCAUAGGAAAGAUAUCCAAAUGAACAAUCCUCCCGAGUAUGUUGAUCCAAAAAAUGUAGACGCCCGUCUAGCUCACGUCGUCAGUUUGUUAGAUUAUGCUGGUCGGGACUUUGUUCGAAGAAAGGAACAACUAAACAUGCCCGACAAUCUUGAUGAUAGUAACAUCAACAAAAGUGGCGAGUACGACGACAACAACAUCAGUGACCAGAGUGCUGGCAACGAAGGAAUGGCUGAUGAAGAUAACGCCAGGCACCCUUUUGUUAAUUCACAAGUAGACAAAAGUUAUCUGAUGAACAAAUUCAACAAUGCCUCUGAAUGUGGCAACUCUGAUUCUUCAUUCUCAUCUGAAACCGGGAGUCGGUUGAUGAUGGAAUUAGGCUGCACAAAGAUAUUUGUAUUCAAGGCUAAUGCUUUGUCUAAAGCUCAAAAAAGUCACCGCAAAACAACGCUCCGCAGACUGAAACGUUUUAAUGAGUGGCUGUACAAAUGGACCAGCAAAAACAUUACAGAGGAUCAGAUGGCGACGUGUAAUCAGUGGUUUGAAGGAUCCAAUAUGUCCACCGAUUUGCCAUUUUUAUGUAAACAAGAUGACGGUGGACAAACUGAACAACGUAAAAUUAAAAGAGUUGUCAUGAAUUCUCAUCUGCUAAUAACACACAAAGUGAAUGACAACAACUUGACUGCAACAUCGGAAACACAACUACAUGUCAUAAAUGACAUUCGAUUUGAGGGCAACAUUGAUGCUGGUGAUACAGGUGAUGAUAACUCAUUGACACCGUACAGACCUUAUUACAAAUAUCUACUAACGCCCAAACAUUCAAAAUCCGAAGAACCGCCAGUAUCAACGUCAUCAUCUUCAUCCUCCUGA